AUGUGCCUCCGAUGUGGCGAUUGCCAUGUAUCUGGCUGGGUGUCGCUGCGCAGCGAUGCAGUAUCGGCCCCAAGGCCCAAGCAGCAGAAGAUGGCGUGGCCCUGCGCUGCAGCGCGGGGGGCUGCCUCGUGGCAGCGGCGCAGAAGGCCACGGAGGGGCUGCGCUGCCAGCAGCUCCAGCUGGAGGAGCCCGGGAACUGGUUGGCAGGAUCUGCGUGAUUUGGCCGCGGCAGCGUACCUGGCAACGCCAGCCACGGAGGUAUUUGGAGUCGCAGAGGAGCCAUCUUUGCCCCUCAAAGAAGGCCGCUUCAAGCCCGAGUUCUUGGCAUCCUUGCCGCCGGCUGCCACAGCAAUGCUGCUGCGCGAUAUGCCCAUGGUAGUGCCUGGUCACCGGGCAGUCGGCACCGAAGAUGAGGAAGGCCCAGAGCCCAGCUUCCUGACCUUCCCCUGCGAGCUCUGCGGCCUCAUGGCCGACGACGCAGAAACCUGGCUGCGAAGCCUGACCAAGACUUACUCGGACCCUGUGGGCGGUGCUCCAAUGACCGAAGGCCUGAACGAGCUCCGUCUGCCGGAGAAUGAGCUCACAAGCACUUCAACACGUAUGCUGCCGCAUGGCCUCUUCAAGCUAUCCUACCUAAAAGGCAAAUUUGGUGUCGUGGUGGGAGACCGCGAAGGCUGGUUCCUUUCAUUGCUGCUCUCAGUGGGAGUGAAGGACAAAACCCACUCGGUGCACUUCUGGAAUCGCUGGAUGGCAGAUGUGGAGGGCCAAUCUCAGAGCUUGGCUGGCCUGCAGUCUGCAACGCCCCACCGAGCGGAAUGGGUCUUCAUCCCUCCCGGGGUGCUGGAUGGUGCUGGCCUGGAUCCCUCCACAGGUCGCUGGGAUCUCAACGCAGACUCAGCGCUCAUGGACCUGGUGAGCCAAGCGCUGACCACCGGGGGCCGUGUGGUGGUGAGCCUUCAGGUCGGUGAUGACUGCCUUGUCCUGCGGAAGGGCGCGGCCUUCAGGGCUUACGGGCCGUACCUCUUGGGCAAGGUUCUGGAGAAGUGGCGCGUCGAGGCCCACUUGGAAUACCCCACCGGGCUGCGGCUGACCUACGGCCCUUGCCGCUCUCGUCCGGCUGUGCUGGUGCUGCGCCACCAAUGGGAACGGCACCCGGCCGCGCUGCUGUCCGUGAAGCGUAUUGAUAUCAUGCCAAAGCUGUUCUAUGCUCUUCACCGUCGUCAACUGGGCAGGGCAAGCCGUCACAGAAGAGAGGAGGAAGGCCUUUGGGCGGAAGACCUGUACUUCCGUUGUGGAGUGUCCAUGGGCGCGUUGGCGGAGCACUGCGCCUUCGAUAACAACGUGGGGGCGGAGCCCUGCCGUCGGAAGUUUGGCCGGGAGGACUUUCAUCGUGGCUUCAACUUCCUCAUGGACUCCAUGGAGUACCUGGGAUUUACCCGCGCCAUCAGCGGACUGCGGCUGGACGACAGUGGGGCACUGCUGAAUGGAGCCCACCGAGUGGCCGCUGCACUGGCUGCUGGCAUGGAGGCGGUGCCUGUGACGCCCACUGCGCUGCAUGACGGAAUUACAGGUGGAGUGGACCAGACCAUUAUGCUGCCGAACCUGGUUCGGCUCUAUGGCCAAGCCGAGGGCCGGUCGAUAGCAGCUGCCCUAUUGCUGGAACUGAUGCGGUGCCAGCGCCAUCCGCAGGCGCUCCGUGAGCUGGGGGCCGCCUUGGUGUGGCCGGCUGCAGCACUGCACAACUUCACGCCCACUGUGGAAGCCGAGCUUUUCGAGCACUUUUUCGUGGUGAUGCCAUACUGGGAGGUUCACUUGGAGACACAUGCCUGCUUCAACGUGGUGCAGCAACUCUACAUCUCCCACGACUGGUCCAAGCAGCCAGAGUUUGUCCGGGCCAAGGCGAAGGAUGCCUGUGGUGGUGACUAUGCUGCGAAAACGACAACGGCGAGCCUUUUUGUCUUUGAGAUGCAGAAGAAUGAAGCGCCGGUGUUGGAGAAGGUGAAGUCCAAGCUCCGGGAUCAUCACUCCUUGGGGUCCAACGCCCUCUUCCUUUCUGCUGGCCCAGCGGCUGCUGCGGCCAUAGGGAUGCUGCAUGGACCCACCCUGGACUUCCUGACUUUGGCACCAGGUGUGAAGCUACCCGAGCUCGAGCGCCUGCCAGAUGCGCGGUCCCGGUGCCUUCUGGGGGACUCCGCGGUGAUGGCGCUGCUGAAGCUGCGGCCGCUGCAGCAACUGGAGCUGCUCUGCGAUGGGCCCUGCCCCAAGGAUCCGCUGGUGGUUGAUCACAGCACCGAGCCCUGGCGGCACUUCUACGGGGAGCUGGCAGACUUGGUGCAUGACCCCUCCAAGCACUUCUUUGCGCAGGGCUGGCGCUUGCUGGCGAUUCCCCAAUUGAUCGCCUUCAAGGAAGCUCGUUUUGCGGAGCUUUGCAAGGGCUCUACAUGCGACUUCCACCAUGACAUGGAGGAAGUUGCCAUGCUGAGGAGUUUAUAUGGCGAGCGCCUGAAAAGCGCUUGA